CACCGGUCGUAGCCCAAAAUACCCCCCUUCUCCUUUUCUUUUGUUCUUUUUUUCCCUUGGUCUCCAACCGUCUCCUUUGCUUUCGUUGCUCAAAUCCGGUGGAGAGUUCAGGAAAGACCCACACUUUCUCUCUUCCCCUUGCUUUCCCCAGCUUUACCUGUGGUUUCGUUGCGGAAAGGCCGGAUCUUUCGGUCCGGGCUGAUGCUCUUUUGUCCCGAGUGGGAAUGGGAGUGUGGGAAUCCAUACUGGGAAAGGCCGGGAGGAGGUUCGUCAAGCGCAAAGACAGCGAUGCCGGAGAGAACGGUCGAGCACUGGAACAGCCGCAAAGUUCCUUUUACAGUGAUUUUCAUACUUCAGAAGUAGCAAAACAUCAGCAACAAAGGUUAUGCGGUCCAUUUGUGGCAAUGACCUUUAAUUUCAUUGUUGCUGUUGGAAUAAUCAUGGCCAACAAAGUGGUGAUGGGCAAGGUUGGGUUUAAUUUCCCAGUUGCACUUUCUUUGAUCCACUAUGUAACUUCUUGGCUUCUCAUGGCCAUCUUCAAGGCACUCUCUCUACUGCCUGCUUCGCCUCCUUCUAAAGCCACACCAUUUUCUUCUUUAUUUCUAUUGGGUGCAGUGAUGUCUCUUGCCACAGGGCUCGCUAAUGUCAGCUUACAACAUAACAGUGUGGGUUUCUAUCAGAUGGCUAAGAUAGCUGUCACUCCAACAAUUGUUCUAGCUGAGUUUAUGAUUUUCAACAAGAAGGUUUCUAUUCACAAGGUUAUCACAUUGGCUAUUGUUUCAAUCAGUGUGGCUGUUGCAACUGUCACUGAUCUAGAAUUCAACUUUUUUGGUGCUUGUGUAGCAUUAGCAUGGAUCGUGCCUGGUGCUAUAAAUAAAAUUCUAUGGUCAAAUAUGCAACAAACUGGAAAUUGGACUGCUCUUGCGUUGAUGUGGAAAACUAGCCCAAUCACUAUAUUCUUCUUCGUAGCUUUGAUGCCUUUGUUAGAUCCACCAGGUGUUUUAUCCUUCAACUGGAAUUGGAACAAUGUGGUUGCCAUCAUCAUAUCAGCUUUAUUUGGAUUUCUCCUUCAGUGGUCUGGAGCUUUGGCACUUGGUGCGACAUCUGCUACUUCUCAUGUUGUUUUGGGGCAGUUCAAAACAUGUGUCAUUAUGCUUGGUGGAUAUGUAUUCUUUAAUUCUGAUCCGGGAAUGAUUAGUUUAUGCGGUGCUGUUGUUGCUCUGAGUGGAAUGUCAUUCUAUACUUACCUCAACAUGUUGAAGGAGUCAGCAGCAGCAAGUAAGAAGCUACUUCCAAAGCAAAAUUCAUUCUCCUUAAAACCCAAAUCAACCAUGGACGACCAGAAGGUUGGUAUGGAUAUUGUGGAUUCUGUUUGAGGGAACAACUCCAUGGAGCAAAGGAAGCAUUUGCUUGACUGACCAAGCUAACUUCUUUGUUUUCUUUUUCUUUUUGAUAAAUUUGUCUCGUCUUCUCUUUCUUUUUGAUAUUUUGCUUUUGCAAUUUUGAUAAUCAAGAUGAGGUCUUUUUUUUUUUUUAAGACCAGGUCAUGUUGUGGAAACAUGUUCUUUGUAUAUAAUUUUCCAUAUCAGAGAAUGUAGAGGCUUAUUGAUUAUCUUGUUCUUUCCUUGAUGAUGUCAUGUUGAGUUAGUAAUAAAACUAUUAACCGUCUUUGGGUUCAUUUAAUGCUUCCAAAAAUCUGUUAGGUUUGUGAGUUCUAUGUCAUUCAAUGAAACUGUUAGCAAAUGUUAUACAAUGUAGGCAAGCAAAUGUCUCAUUAUUUUUUCUUUGUUCUCCUCAUUUGUAAGCAUUCUAAUUGGAUACAUUAUUUGGUUGGCAGUAGCUAAAAUAAAUGAAAGGCUAAUUUUCAGAUAUCUGGCAAAAAAAAAAAUUCCUUUGAUAAAAUGACUUUCUUCCAUUUAAGAAUAUCAUAAUUCAUUUACUUAUUCCUACAAUCAAACAGGAUUUAUCUAUGUAUCAGGGGAAAAAGCUAAAAAAUCCUUCUCUAGUUCUCUUCUUGCAGCUAAAUGGU